CCAAACGCACCACCGCCGAUUUUUCCCCCAAAUCGAAACACACACAGAACAAAGAGACGGCGCCGCGAUAACCCUCUCGCCGGGUCGCCGCCGUCAUGGAGGACGACGACCACGACUGCGACCCCGACUUGGCCGCCGUAGCGGGCGCCGGCCCGUGUCCCUGCUGCUCCUCGCCGUCCGCGGCGGUCACGUGGCGGCGGUCCGUGAAGCGGAAGCUGGACGAGGAGGAGCGGGCCGGGGACGAGGAGGAGGGGGCGACGGGGCUGGCGCGGGUGGAGGCGGAGGACGAGACCGCGGCGCUGCGGGAGGCGUUGGGGGCGGCGCAGGACACCGUGGCGGCGCUGCAGGGCGAGGUGGAGGAGGAGCGCCUCGCCGCGGCCAGCGCCGCCAGCGAGGCCAUGGCCAUGAUGCUCCGCCUGCAGCGGGAGAAGGCCGAGGUCCAGAUGGAGCUCCGCCAGUUCCGCCGCUUCGCCGACGAGAAGAUGGCCCUCGACGCCGCCGAGAUCGACCACCUCCGCGCCCUCAUCGCGCGCCGCGCGCGCCACCUCGCGCGCGUCCGCUCCAGGCUCCGCGCCUACCAGCAGACGUGCCUCCGCCUCGGCAUCCCGCUCGCCGACGGCGACGAGGUCGAGGAGCAGGGCCAUGAGGACCACGAGGACGGCGGUUUCCUCGAGGGCGAGGACGGCGACUAUUACCCCGAGCUCCGCUGCUACAACGGGGAGUACUACUACGACGACGGGCAGGGGGAGAGCGAGGAGGAUGCGGUGGUCGUGGAUCUGGAGCACCGGAUCUGCCUCCUCGAGCACGACGAAGAUAGGCACUCCCUGGAGGAAGAGGAAGGCGCCCACCUGUAUGCAGAUGAGGCAUUGCCGGAGUCAGCCGCGCAGGGAACGAGCAGGCUUAGCGCCGACGAGGUGUUAUUACCUGAUGAGAAGACUGAGCAAAAAUGGAACCACCUCGACAUUGAUGGUGAGGAGUUGCCAGAAUCUCCAGCCGCUGGAUAUGGCGCUGAAGAGGGUGGAAGUGAUAGUGAUGAUGUUGGCAGUGGUAGCGACAGGGUCUACAUGAUUGACAAGGUGCAUCAAGGUGCGGCAGCUCCUGCCGCCAGGGUCCUGGACGAGUACGAGGAUGAGAUGGUAGAGCCAGACAUUAAGAAGCUAUACAUGAGACUGGAGGCACUGGAGGCCGACCGAGAAUCGAUGCGGCAAGCGCUGGUGGGAAUGCGCACUGAGAAGGCUCAGCUUAUGCUUCUCCGUGAGAUAGCGCAGCAGCUAGCCAAAGAUGCCAAUCCAGGUGGCGCUGGGGUUGGGUCUGUUCCAGUCGUGCACCAUUUGCGCGGGAAGCAAGCUUUGGGGGUUGCAGAUAGGAGGGAUAUGGAAGACAAGAAGACAGCAGUUGUUAGGCAUUACUCAUCCGCUGCAUUGUUUAAGUGGGUCGUCACUUUAUUUUGCUCUCAGAAAAACAAGCCAUCACAAAGCAGGUAUACAUUUGGCUUAUCAAGUAACAAUGUUGGUUUGCUCCUACUACUGGACAAGUGCCCCCGGGUUCAGAAAACUCUGAUGAGAAGAAAGUAAAAAACCCUCUGAAGCUGCUGCUGCUGUAAAUAACAUAGUUCUCGGUUGGGAAGUCUGCAUCAAAUUGCAUUUUCUUAUUUGGAGGUUGGGCGGAGCCAGUGUUGUUUUAAUUCUUUAGUUGUUGAUUUCGCUUUGACCCCAGCGGGGAUGAAAUUCCUUAUGCUAUGAUGGUCCAGCAUUGUUAAUGCGGGGUUUUUUGUGACGCUUUUGCUUAUUUCUCACCAGCAAAAGCUGUAUGGAUGUAUAGUGCGCGUGUGACGCGUGGUGUUUGUUGGCUGUUGGUUGUUCUUGCUUCAGGUUUGAUGACUGAUGAGAUAAUACUGAGGAAGUUAGCCACACA